CAGCGCGUUUCGUUUUACCGCACACCGGCUAUAUAAAGAGAGUUCCAGCCGCCGAACGCGAGUUAGUUGAGAAUCGAAGAGAAAAGCGUCAAGUCACCUCGAAAAGCAGCGCAGCGUCUGGAGUGAAAAGUCUUGAGUGAUAAAUUUUGUACAGAAUCGACCAGUUUCUUUGGAGAGCGAAAAACACAAAACGCAAACGCGAAGAUGAAGAGCUUUGGGACCGGUAUUCUGCUGAUCGGAGCAAUGCUGUUGGCUUCCGGUUUUGCUUUUCCAAGCAGCAAAGACCGAAAACCGGGCAGCGACUCAAGUAAUCCAGCUGACGAUGCCGAAUUUAUCGUAGUUCCCCUGGAACAUCAGCGCCCUAGCUAUGCAGAUCGAUAUCCAACAAGUUUCGAUGGAUUCGACGGAGUCGUAGAUACCGAUGAUUUCCCACAUCCAGCUCAGGGGCCCAUCUUCUUCCCAUCGGUCAAUCCCUUCUCGUGGCAGUUCUCGUCAUACUUUGACGAUCUGAUCAAACGGCUUCGUGAUCGAUUUGCUGGCUCGUGGAAUCCCUUCUAUGGUGGCGCUGCCGAUUUUGUUCCCACUGGACCGGGACUUUGGCCAGUUGGUAUUCCUACCGAUGAUUCCUCCGAAGAUGGCCAGAAGAACACUACCUCGACGGUGAAGAUCAUUGACGGCCACAAGGUGAUCAUCAACGAUACCUACUACACCAAGCAGAACGAAUUCGGAACAUCGGUGUACAAGGUCCGCGUCAUCGAUGUCAAGCCUCUGGAUGAGGAAGAUGGAAGCAAAUCGGACGAGGACAAACCCCUGGAGACGGGAAAUCGGGCCGGAUCGGACGAUAAGGAACCUACCACAACCCCCAAGGCCACAACCCGGGACACCGAGCUGGAAUCGAGCGACGAAGAAACCAAAACGACCGCCGACGACAAUCUGAACACCAUUGAGUCCAACUCCGAUAUCGACGGACCCAAGAAGGAUGAGGGAUCAUCAUCGGCCAUUGAAUCAUUCGAGGGUGACUUCCUGAGGCCCCAACAGAAAAUCUUCUCUUCGGGACAAGAAUCGCUGGAGCGAAGUAAUCAAAUUCAAAGGCUGAAACCCGAUCGCGAAGAUUCUAACUCGGUUGAGCAAACCGACGAAGGAUUUUCCCCGGACGAAUGGAAACAAGUCCAAGACGACCGAAAACGGAUAAUUGUAAGCGGAUCGUGGGAUCGAUUCCCGGUUAGGAAUCAAAAUCAAAACCAAGGACAGUUUGACAUCGAUGGCUCGUCUGGGGGUGAGGUUGUUGAUCUUACAAACGAUAUUAUAGUUAAUGAAAUGUUGGCCGACGCGGCGAUUCCCCUGCAUCCGGAUGUGGAAGUAUUUGCGCCGAAACAAAAGCGACCGGCUCAGCAGGAUCCAAUGCAGCAGUUUCCGGGAUCUUUCCCGCAAGGAAAUUUCCCUGGAGGCAAUCGGUUUCCAGUAACUUAUCCUAACCAGUUCCCGCAGCAGUUUCCACAGCAGUUUCCCAACCAACCGUUUCCCCAGAGUCCUUUCCCAGGCCAGUUUCCGGUGCAAAAUUUUCCGGUUUUCCGACCUCAAAUUCAACCUCAACCGAUGGGAUCAAUCAAUCCUUUCGGAGUUAACGUUGGCCAGCCAGGGCAGAUACCAGCACAGAGACCGGUACAGCCACAAAAUUUCGGCGGAAUUGGCAAUUUUGGACAGCAAAAUCCUGUACUGAUUAUGACAUUCCCGUCACUCUUCAGGGAAGUUAGGCCCUGAAGAAGUUAGCAGCUUAUUUAUUUCUCUAUUUAUUUAAUUUAUUUUUUAUUUAUUUGAAGCAACUAAUCGUACAAAGCCAAAGAAAUCAGGGUUUUCUGACAAUAACACUAGAAAUGAAAGAAUAAUUUAUUAUCAAAUA